AUGAAAUUGUUAUUAUUAUUAUUAUUAAGUAUUUUAAUUUCAAUUAAUUAUUCAGCACCAACUUUUACAAAUCGUGGUAUUAGCAGUGUUUAUAGUAAAAAUGAUAUAAAUAAUUUAAAUAGAUUUAUUUCAACACAAAAGCAAGGUAAACUAUAUGGCACAGAUAAUCAACAAUUAAAAGAUACAUUCUAUGCAGUUGGUGCAUUAACCCGUUUAGGUGAAAGUGUUUCAGAUGCAAAGACUAUUUGUUCAACAGUCAAAGAGCAAUUAGAAACCAAUAAAUUUAGUGAUAUUGAAUUACUUUACAAUGGUGUCACUAUUUUAUCAGAAUUAAAAUGUAUUGAAGAAAUCAGCAGUGCCUCCAAAAAGAUUCAAGAAACUUUAAAGAGCAAAUUACAAAAUGGUGAUCUUUUAGAGACUACCCAAGCAGUCAAUAUUGUUUUCACACUUCAAUCUGCCAAACUCGUUACAAAUGAUGAUUUUGAUUUAACCUCAUCUGUCAAGCGUAUUGUUUCAUUAAUGGUCGAAGACGAAGGUACCUUUAAGAGCACCGAAUCCGAUAGCGAAGGUACUCUUUUAAAUACCGCUGCUGCCUAUUUUGCACUCGCUCGUUUAUCACAUCGUUUAGAUAACCAAGAAGUCGAUAAGCAAGUUGCCAAAGUUGUUCAUAAGAUGGAUACCGUCAUUGCCAACGCCGAAGAAACCACCGAUACUCUUUACUUUACUGAUCUCCAAACUACCGCUUCACUUUUCCACUCAAUGUUAUCAUUAGCUAGUAUCAAUGAAAAAGUAGCCGAUUUCGUUAGUGCCAAACAAGUUAAUCAAAUCGCAGAGUAUCUCUUGAAACAAAAGAAUGUUGAAUCAUUAUCAAACGCUUAUUAUUUAAUCGUUGGUUUAAAGAAAUGUCAAAAGAACUCUGUUUCACAACCAUUAUCCUUAACCCUUGAAAAAUCAAUCUUUUCACCAAGCAAUUUAGCCACCGUUGAUGCUUUUGUUACCGACAUCUUUGGUCAAAACAUUCCAGCCACCGUCAAUGUAAACAAAAUUGUUAGCAGCAAAGCUCCACGUUCCACCCCAGUUCUUAGCGACAAGAAGAUGACUACCACCGGUAACAAACAUUCCAUUGAUGUCUCCAAUGAAAAUCUUAAAUUAGGUUUAUACAAUAUCGAAUUCAAAGUUGUUCCAACCGACAAUGAAGACUAUGCCGAAAUCACCUCAACUCAAGUCAUCACCAUCACUGGUUCAAUCACCGUUGACGAUAUGAAAUUCUCUUUUGCUCCAAAAGCUGACCAAUUAGGUUCACCAAAGAAUAGCCAAGAUGUCGUCUUUGGUAAAAAAUUAUCAUUGGUCGAUAUUCCAGCUAACAACCUCGCUAGAGUCUUCUUUAGAAUCAACUCUGACAAACAAGUAUUUGUUCCACAACAAGUUGGUAUUCGUUUCUACUCACCAUCACGUGAAAUCGUUGUCCCAGUUACUCAUAGUGCCGAAUCAUUCAGUUACACUCUCACAAACAAAGAAAUGGGUAAACUUUUAGGUUAUCAAUCAGGUAAUUAUCAAAUGGAUUUAAUUGUUGGUGACCAAUCCAUCACUCCAUUACAAUGGAAUUUUGGUGAAAUUAAUCUCAAAUUCUCCCAAAAAACCCAACCAACCUCUCGUUACACUGAAAACCAACCAAUUGUACACGCUUUCAGACAACCAGAAAAAAGACCACCACAAUCAGUUUCAAAUUUGUUCACUCUUUUAGUUUUAUCACCAGCUGCUAUCUUUUUACUUGGUAUCUUUGUUGUUGGUUUCAAUCUCGGCAAAUUCCCAACUGGUAUGGGUUUCAUUUGGACAAUGGGUUUCAUUGCUUCAGUCUCAUCAAUUGCUCUUUUAAUUAUUAACUAUUGGAUCCACUCAACUAUGGAUGUCACCCUCAAAAGAUUAGCUUUAUUAUUAAUUCCAACUAUUUUCUUUGGACAUCGUUCAAUGAGUUAUUACUAUAACAAAUACAAUACCGAAAAAGAAAUUAAAAAAGAUUAA